AACUCGGGACAAUGCUUAUUUCCAGUUGCUCCGGAUUGAAAAGGUACGGAACACCAUUGCUUCGGAAUGGGUAGGACGAAGUGUAGCGAACAAUUGAAUGGAGAAAUUUAGGAAUGCAGAAUGCGCUACGUUGUCAUUCAUUCAGUUCAAACAAAUCAGUCGUAAAGCACACUUCUUCAACUUCUUUAGUUCAGUUCUGUUAUGUUCAGUUCUUCAUCUCUCAUAAUUUUCUUAUCGGUGCAUUUUAUGAAUCGCUAACAAAAAACUGUUUUUCAGACUUUUUGAGUAAUAAUGAAUAAUCGAAAUUAUAUUUUAUUGAAUUUCUUCAAUUGGUGAAUAUCCUUGUUGAGAUAGCUUUAACGACAAACAUAUCCAGGAACAAGGAAAUAAGACAUUCGGAAAACACCAAAGCAAUAGUCCUACAUAUAUAUAAUAGAUCAAUAUAAACAAAUUGCUAGUGAUUUUUAACUUGAAUUGUAACGAUAUUAAUCGAAUUACAAAAUUUUAAUAAAUCGAAUUAUAAAGAAUACCACAACCGAGUGAUAAAAUGGCAUUAGAUGGACAACAAAAUGGUAGCGGAAAUGGUCAAGAUGAUGGUUCAGGGAGGUCAAACUGCAUCGUAAACUAUUUGCCCCAAAGCAUGUCGCAAGAAGAGAUUCGUUCACUUUUCUCGAGCAUCGGAGACGUUGAAAGCUGCAAAUUGAUCCGCGAUAAAGUGACUGGCCAAAGUCUAGGCUAUGGUUUCGUCAACUACCAAAGGGCUGAAGAUGCUGAUAAAGCCAUCAAUACCCUCAAUGGCCUACGAUUACAAAACAAGACUAUAAAGGU